ACAGAGCAGUUUUUUUCAUAAAUAUCCUAAAUUAACUAUCAAGAAAUAUACUUCUCUACUUUGUAGUGACUGUAAUCUUUAAAAAUGCAUGCAGCUUCUUCAACCUCAUCAUUUUCUUGAAGUUUACAACUUUAAUUCCUGAAAACAAAAUCAGCAAAAAAUUUGCAUAUGCCAUGGGAAUUGCAAAUUCAGUGCAGUGUUCAUGGUGGCUUCUUGUAUUCAUGGUGUUUCUUCUGUGUAAUUUAUCACAUGAGUUAUUAGAAUCUUCACAAUAUGAAGCUAUAGUAAAAAUCAAGCAGCUUUUGAACUUCCCUCAAGAUUUGAGUAGUUGGAGUGACAACACAGAUUUUUGUAACAGUGAACCAAACACUGCCUUAACACUUAUGUGUUAUGAAGAUGACAUAACACAGCUUCAUAUUUCUGGCUAUAACUGGUUUCCUAAUUUGCCUCAGGGGUUUUCUACAGACACCCUUUUCUCUAAUCUUGCUCUUUUGCCUAAUUUAAAGGUACUUUCUUUGGUUUCUUUAGGUUUGAGAGGAACUUUACCUAAAAAGAUUGGAUUUUUAUCUUCUUUGGAGAUUGUCAAUAUCAGUUCAAACUUCUUUUAUGGUGAGAUUCCAGGAGAGAUUUCAUAUUUGAAGAGUCUUCAGACACUUAUAUUGGAUGAUAAUAAGUUCACAGGUCAAGUUCCUGAAGGGGUAGGUUUCCUUCAUUCUUUGUCUGUUUUGAGUUUCAAAAACAAUUCAUUUUCUGGUUCAUUGCCUAAUUCUUUGUCAAAUUUACAAACCCUAAGAAUCCUAUCUCUUUCUGGUAAUAAUUUUUCCGGGGAAGUUCCAAACCUUCAUCAUCUGUCAAAUCUACAAGUUCUUGAUUUGGAAAGUAACAAUCUUGGACCUAAUUUCCCAAAUAUUUCAACCAAGUUGGUUUCUUUGGUACUUAGGAAGAACAAGUUCAGUUUAGGGGUACCAAAAGAACUGAGUUCCUGUUAUCAGUUGAAGAAACUAGACAUUUCUUCCAAUGAGCUUGUUGGACCCUUUUCACCAACAAUUUUAUCAUUGCCAUCACUCAGCUAUUUGGAUAUUUCUGGAAACAAACUAACUGGGAAGCUUCUAAAGAAUGUGACAUGUAGUCAAGACCUUUCUUUUGUGAAUUUAUCAUCAAAUUACUUGGCAGGGGAGUUGCCUGCUUGCUUGCAUCCUAGUUCUGGUUCCAAGAGUGUAUUGUUUUCUGGGAAUUGUCUGUCGAAUAGAGAGCAAUGGCAGCAUCCUUACUCUUUUUGCCAUAAUGAAGCUUUGGCUGUUAGUAUUGAGCCUCAUAAGGGAAAGGUUAAAGGGGGAAAUGGUAAAGCUGUUCUUGCAUCAAGUAUGGUAGGAGGUUUUGUUGGAGUAGUUGCGAUUAUCGGUUUGGCUUUCGUGGUUGUUAGAAGAGAGUAUGCCAAGCAGAAAGCUAGCAAAGCCCCUCAAACAAGAUUGAUACUUGGAAAAAUCUCUCCUGCUCACACUCUUAAGCUGCUUAGUGAUGCAAGGUAUAUUUCCGAAAAGAGGAAGUUGGGACUGCUUGGGGUCCCUCCUUAUCGAACGUUCGUCUUGGAUGAGCUUCGAGAGGCCACUAAUAACUUUGAUAUAUCAAAUCUAAUCGGUGCAAGCUCCAGUGGGCAGAUUUACAAAGGGCAGCUCACGGAUGGCACUGCGGUUGCUAUAAGAAGCAUGAAAAUGAGGAAGAGGCUUAGUGUCCAGUCAUACACUCACCAACUAGGGCGUAUUUCAAAGAUCAGAUGCUGCCAUUUAGUUAGUACUAUUGGACAUUGCUUUGAAUGCUACCAAGAUGACUCAAGUGUUAGCCGAAUAUGUUUAGUCUUUGAAUUCGUGCCAAAUGUGACACUGCGACGGGUCAUAUCAGAAGCUAAUUCAGCUCAAAAGUUUACAUGGACACAACGGAUGUCAGCUGCAAUAGGGAUAGCAAAGGGAAUUCAGUUCCUUCAUACUGGAAUAGUACCAGGAGUAUUCUCCAAUCAAUUGAAGAUUACAGAUGUAUUGCUGGAUCAGAAUUUCCACGUAAAGAUUAGCAAAUACAAUCUGCCUUUGUUAAUUGAAAAUAAGAAAAUGGAUACUGGACCGUCUUCUAGUGGAUCAAAGGGAAAUGAUGGGCAAAGGUUAAAAUACGAGGAGAAAGAUGAUGUGUAUGACUUCGGAGUAAUCUUACUUGAAAUCAUAUUGGGAAGGACAAUCGAUACGAAAAAUGAUAUAGAUGUUUCAAAAGACAUUCUUAUACUUAGCUUAACAGCUGACGAAAUAGCUCGGAGGGACAUCAUUGAUCCAGCUGUUCAGAAAGAAUGUUCAGACGGUUCUCUUAGGACAUUAAUGGAACUAUGCAUAAGAUGUCUUUCAGAUGAACCAUCGCAAUGUCCUUCUGUAGAAGACUUGAUAUGGAACUUACAAUUUGCAGCUCAGGUCCAAGACCCUUGGAAUAGAGACACUUAUGGCAACCAAGAGUCCCCUGGUCAAGUGUAAGAACUUAUGCAAAUAUCCAAUGAUCCAUGAACCUUUUCUUGUACAAAAUGUAACAUUAUACCACUAGGAUAAUGAUCUGUUUCAAUUGUUUACUAUUCUCUGUUACUACUGGCUAUAAGGUUUCAGUACUCUUUUGAGGAUAACUCUACAUUUGAGGCAAAAUUUGUAAACAAAUG